AGAUGCGCACCAGGCGCUACAGGCUGGGAGGAGCUUCGGGAUUUUUCCCACUUGUUCCAUGCCAGUCGCGAGUGAAGACUUCUUUGCCAAAGGACAUAUAGAGGGAAAGGUGUCAGCACAGGCUUGAUCAAGGAUCCUCCAACAAAAUGAGCCCGCCAGACACGUCCAACAGCAGCGGAGACGGGGACGCCAGCGAAACCGAAACUUCUGCUCUUCUCAACGACAGUCUGGGAUCGCACAAUCAUGGUUUCCACACAGACAUCACCAAACACCUCGGUGUGCAGAUCACCCUGAUUACAGCAUAUUCCCUCAUCAUCCUGCUGGGCCUGCUGGGAAAUGCUCUCGUCAUCUACAUGAUUAUUCGCUACAGAAACAUGCGAACAGUCACCAACUUCUUCAUAGCUAACCUGGCCCUGGCAGACCUCCUCGUAGACACUCUGUGCUUGCCCUUCACUUUGGUUUACACUUUGCUGGAUGAGUGGAAGUUUGGUGCCGUGCUGUGCCACAUGGUGCCCUUUGCCCAGGCCCUGAGUGUCCACGUUUCCAUCCUGACUCUGACCGUCAUCGCUCUGGAGCGCUACCGCUGCAUCGUCUUUCACCUCGGCCGCCGCCUCACGUGGAGCUCCAGCUUCCUCAUCAUGGCGCUCACCUGGACGGUGUCUGCCAUCCUGGCAGCACCGCUGGCCAUUUUCCGAGAGUACCGGAACGAGGAGAUCCCGUCCAUCGACCUGCACAUAGCCGUCUGCUCCGAGAAGUGGCCCCGCGGCACCAGCAGGGACGGAGUCAUCUACAGCCUCUCCAUGCUGCUCUUGCAGUACAUCAUUCCUUUAGCCAUCAUCAGUUAUGCUUACAUAUGCAUCUGGGUCAAGCUGAAGAAUCACAUCAGCCCGUCCAGCCGAAACGACAGCAUUGCGCGUCGCAAAAAGACCACCAAGAUGCUGGCGCUGGUGGUGGUGGUGUUCGCCAUCUGCUGGCUUCCGUUCCACGUGUUUCAGCUGGCCAGCGACCUGGACCUGGUGCUCAGGUUCCAGGAGUUCAAACUGAUAUACACGCUGUUUCACAUCGUGGCCAUGUGCUCAACGUUCGCCAACCCCCUCCUGUAUGGUUGGAUGAAUAAAAACUACAGGAACGGCUUCCUCAUGGUGUUUCGCUGUGAGGAUAAGCCGGAUUCUUUCCACACGGAGGGCUCAUUCAGGACCCGAUCCACACGAGCGCUGACUCUGAAUGGCCGUAACGGGGGGCACCCUCCCACUGCCGUAUGAGAUUCAUUCAGUUUAAAAUGCCUGUAGGGUAUGAACACCUCGUGCGCACCUCUGCUUCAUGGUGCUUGUGGUUCAAAAGUAGCCAUUCGACUUGAAUGGUCUGAUCUUGAGUAUCACAGUCACUGGAGAGGAUCCAAAGCUUUGCAUGCAAAUUGCUUUAUGUGAGGCCCUUCUUCCUUUUUUGAAUGGUACUAGUGAAAUACAUUUGUCAAGCCUAUUCAACUAUGUGUUAAAGAUGUUUACGUAAGUGUUAUUUAACUUAAUACAGUAUAUAAUGUGUUUUCUUGUAAAUGCAGACUCCUGUUGGUAAAUCAUGCCCAAUUUAUUAUAAUUGCCAGAGGGAAGCAGGUGGUUGCGACUGUGACAACAUUAUUUUUCAUACCCCUAUUUUCUGUAUUAAUUGGCUGUUCAAAAUAUGUUUGGAUGCUACUCACAAACCAAAGUUUAAUUCUUGAUUAAUUACCCAACAGCUUUUCCUGUAGAGUAACGUUUAGUGUUUGUCUCGGCAAUCCAAAGGAGGCGAUCGGUAAACCUCUGUCAGGUAAAUGGUCUUUUCUUGGCAACCAGUUGUUUCUGAUUAGAUGUUCCAGCAGGACUGCAGAAGAAUGGAACUGCAGUGGUCUGAAAGAGGUGAGACCAAGAUUAUCGACACUGACCUCUCAGAGAGUGGGCAGCUGCUUCGAGGAUAUAAAAGAGCAUUUAAACAAAAAAAGAAGUUAAAGCGACCAAUACCACAGUUCUCAUUCUGCUGUUAAAGUGUCUUUUGUUGAUGGUCUUUAAUGAAUUCUGAAACAUGAGGUGACCACAUGGCCUGUGAGUGUGAGCCACUGCUGUACACACAACUCCCAUCUCUGAUGUGAGCGUCAGAAGAAGUUGUGUUUGUGCCUCUUUGUCAAAUAAACAGACUUUGCUUUGAAGUGGUAUAUUUAAGUACCUCAAAUGUAUUUGCAUGCUGUCGGUUGGGAUGGACUCCAGCACCCUGUAUAGAAGAUGUAUGGAAAGAGUGAAGACUUCAUCUUACAUUAUACACCGCAGAUGUACAGAAAAGUGUUGAGCGCUGGUACCAUAAAUAAAGCACUCAGCUACUGGAGAAGCUUACAGUAAUCUCAUGUCUUGGAUCAUCUACAUAUAGGACAGACAUACUUCUUCCUCUUGAGCUUGCCAGUUGGAAAACCCAUCUGCACAUCAACAACAAUGGAAUAUGUUGUUUGUCAAAAGUCCUGCAAAUAGACUUUGGGCUUCAUUUUGGAGAACAAGUGGGUCAAGGUAAUCCAAUAAAGCAUUUAAUUAUGUGUCCUACGCAGUGUGAUUCAUUUUACA